AUGCAAGAUCAUAAGGAAAUUAUUUAAUAGAAAAAUUAAGAAAUCGAAAAUCUUAAGAGAGAAUUAGACAUAUCGAAAAAAAAUGAAUAAUUUAUGACAAAUUAUGCAGAAGACCAAGUUAAAUCAGCCUAAUAUUUAAUAAAAAAUCAAGAAAAUGAUUUAAUUAGGCUUGAGAGGGAAAAUUAAGGUUUAAAAACGUAUGUGAAACAUUUAGAGGAAUUAUUACAAUAUCUUGUAUAUUUAAAGUUUUAAUUUGAAUUAGUAGGGCCAAUAAACUAAUAUAAAUUAUAACAAUGGCUUCCCAUCUAGCCAUUAUAUAUCAUUCCAGAGGAGCGAGAAUAUUUGA